AUGUACUGCCAGAAGUGCCGGCAGCCGAUUCGAAUAGAUGGCUCAAUUCGCGACCUCAACCCGGCCUCUUUCGAUCUGCUCAUCGCAUCUACGGCCCAUUCCCAACAGAAUAACACCAGUGCUUCUCGCCUGAACUACCCCAAAGAACGGAAAGACCUUUACGAUCGUGUUGCGGGCAAUGUGGAGGCUCCCAUCUACAAACGGACCAUUCCCGCACCUCAGCAUGGUACCGCUACAGGAGGGCCAGACUCUAAGAAUGGGCUUCCAGAUAUGUCCUUUAUCGAAAUAACACAGUCUCAGGUCGCCUUACAUGAGCGGGACCUGUCGCACCGGAACGAUCGGGGCACCGACAGGCAAGAAGAAGACAACGGUACUGAAGAGCGGGACAAGGAGAACCUGUUGUCUACUAAAGUGGCCAAGACGGAAGCUUUGUUUUCAAUAUUGUCCUCCCGUUCCGACAUCGAUCAUCCGAUAUGCUCGGAAUGUACCUCUCUCAUUCUAUCGGCCUACAACGCCCGCCUGGGUGGCUCUUUGAAGGAAAAAGAUGCUUACGCGUCCUUUCUUAAAUCUGUACAACAAACAGUCUCAUCGACGCCACAUGGAACUGAUGCCAAAGCACGAAAAGAGCUUUCACAUACUGAGAAGGACGAAGGAACUGCUUAUGACCUCCUCAUACGCACAGAAGGUGAAUCUUGCCAGGUUGAGGAAGAGAUUGCAGCCUUGGAAGAGGAGUCACAGCAGAUGGAUCGCAAGGAACAAGUGUAUUGGUUGUCACGGAAUUCCUUUGACGACCAACUCUACCAGGUCACAGUCCGUCUAUUAUCGCUACAGGAGAAAUAUAUCCAUGACAACCAACAACUCGAGCGGCUUCAGCGUACCAAUGUGUACAACGAUACGUUCUGCAUCGGACAUGAUGGGUAUUUUGGCACCAUCAAUGGCCUUCGACUCGGCCGCUUACCCAAUCAGAAUGUUGACUGGGCUGAAAUCAAUGCAGCAUGGGGCCAGACCUUACUGCUCCUGGCUGUGGUGGCUGAAAGGCUUAGAUAUACGUUUCAAGGCUACCGUCUCCGGCCCCAAGGCAGCACAUCCCGCAUCGAAAAGUUGGAAUACCCACAACAAGCACCGGGAGCAGCCCGCUCCACUGGUACAGACCGUGGAUUACGUUCAGCAUCUGCCAACCCGGAACCUAAGGUGACUCGUCUAGACCUCUUCAGCAGCGGUGACAUGGCAAUUGGGAGGCUGCUAAACCACCGGCGGUUCGAUGCUGGCAUGGUGGCCUUUCUUGAUUGCCUGAACCAGUUGGGCAAACAUGUUGAGCGAACAUCCAGUAUGGAAGGCACUACAAGCAGUAGCCCUGCUAGGAACGCCAGUGUCCGCAAUCUACCUCCCAAAAGAGUUCUGCCGUAUUCCAUACAGGGUGACAAGAUUGGCGACGUUUCCAUAAAGCUUGGGGUCGGUUUUCACCAGGAUGAGAACUUUACAAAGGCUUGCAAACAUGCUUUGACCGACUGCAAAUUUCUGCUGGCAUAUAUCAGUAACCUUGAGGUUGGAAGAGUCCCAUGA